AUGAAUGAAGAUAAUCCCCCUCGGAAGAAACGCUUGGGGUGGCCGAAGACAAGUCGUCCAGAACCUGAUUUGGCACAGGAUACAGGCAGGAGGGCAGCCAAUGAUCCGUCUUCUCUCUCGCCUUCGAGUAAUGCAUCUCGUGGACGAUUCUCGGGGUUGGUUCCCAAGUUAUUCGGCAAGGCGAACAACCGUUCUGCUCGAAGCGCUCAACGGUCGCCAAACCUUGAACCCACAGCUGCAACUUCCAAUGCACAGGAUCCCCUACACCCUCAGACAUGCCAGGAUCCUUCAUCACUCAUCGCUUCCACUCCCGAGCCGAAUUUCGACCAGUCUUCCAAGGCAGACGUUGCAAAGUCCAUCACCAGGCCGAAUCGCCGCCUGACAUGA